AUGUCCUUGGUGAACCAUUUAACCAGUACGUUGUUAAUACACGAACCAAACGAUCCAAUAGAAUUUCUCGUGAACCAAGUGGAAGACAUAAUACGUUUCCGGGAUGACAGUGGCAAACCGCCGAUUCUGUUCAACGACGACAAUUUAACAAAUGUUUUUAAGGGUGUAGACUAUUUAAAAAAGGGUACGAUUGAUCUAAGUGAAUACAUCAGUGCUAUGAAGAUGGUAGGAUUGAAUGAAAACGAUUUUAACCAGAAUCCACAAGUGGACGAAACCAAUCGAAUUGCAUGUAAUAUAUUCGUAUACGAGGCAAAGUUUGCGUUAAUAAAACAGAUGAACGCGAUGAUACAGUAA